UUCUAAGAAUUAUAUAAAAUCAAGAAUAUGUGCCAAAACGCACAAGUACCAAAUAAUCUAUACCAUAAAGAUCAGGUCUGGAAAUAUUUCAUUGCAAAAUUUCUUAUAGCAACAGUAUAAUCACGAGGAGGUCCCAACAUGUUUCCUAAUUAACGUGCCACAUCGUCAACAAAGGAUGCCGAAACAUUUACUAAUAAGUAUGUGUAGUUUACAGUAUCAAGCACAUGUAGCAAAUUAUUUCAGUAUCUAUAAUUUUUAAGGACGCGAUUAUCCAUGUUUGCAUAAAUGAAGUGCCCUAGUCAGUUCAAAAUCAUUUUUCGUAUUUUUAGAUCCUACAUCGAAAAACUGCAAAUGGGCAGAACAUUCCAGGCAUUUGCUGCUGAUAUAUUUAUGCAUUCUUGUUUUAUUUUUCAGUUGGUAUCUGCAGUUUUCUUGGUUUUCUUUGGACUUGUUCAUGCUGGAGGCGGAGGGGGGCAUGGCGGAGGGAAGAAGGUAAUUAUUCAUGUGCCCCUGAAAGUGAAGCACAUCCACCACACGCACACCAUCUAUAAGAUCAUUAAAGUGCCCAGUGGCGGCCACAGUGGAGGUGGAGGACAUGGCGGAGGUGGUCAUGGAGGUGGUCACGGUGGCUACGAAGUAGUAGCAGUGAAGUACGAAGAUGGAGGACACGAAGGCGGUCAUGGAGGAUAUGGAGGAGAUGACCACGGCGGUGGUUUUGGAGGCGGUCAUGGGGACGGUGGCUACGGAGGCGGUGGAUUUGGAGGUGGACAUGGCGGCGGAUUCGGAGGUGGGCACGGGGGUGGAUUCGGAGGUGGACAUGGCGGCGGAUUCGGAGGUGGAUAUGGAGGCGGACACGGGGGUGGAUUCGGAGGUGGACAUGGAGACAGUGGUCAUGGAGGUGGUGGCCAUGGAGGCGGUGGUUACGGUGGAGGUGGUGGCCAUGGCUGGGAUUAAAGGGAAAAUAUGUGAAGUGAUAACCAAUGAAACAAAAUCAAAUUGACUUGUACAGUACAACAGCAGAGAUUUCAUUCAACGAUGGAAUUCACUUAUUGUAUAUUACGCAGUGUUGUAUAUAUGUAGCAUUCCUCAGUUCCACCUUUCGCACCACACAAUAAUACGGGUUGCUCCCAGACAGACGGUGAACUUCUGGGGCUUCGCCUGUCAUGUUUACUAGUCUCAUCACACCAUUAUUUCUUGUUUUAUUAUUGUUAUAUUUUAUACUUGUUUUGUACAUUAAGCAUAAAUAAACUACUUUGU